GGGCGGGGGGCGGGAGCGGAGCGGAGCAGCGCAGCCCGGCCCGGUACUGGCUCGUCCGCCGCCGCCGCCAUGGGCUCCUCGCAGAGCGUCGAGAUCCCAGGCGGGGGCACGGAAGGCUACCACGUCCUGCGGGUACAAGAAAAUUCCCCAGGACAUAGAGCUGGUCUGGAGCCAUUCUUUGAUUUUAUUGUUUCUAUUAAUGGUUCGAGAUUAAAUAAAGACAAUGAUACUCUUAAAGAUCUACUGAAAGCAAAUGUUGAAAAGCCUGUAAAAAUGCUUAUCUACAGCAGUAAAACACUGGAGCUCCGAGAGACCUCAGUCACUCCAAGUAACAUGUGGGGUGGCCAGGGCCUUUUGGGAGUGAGCAUUCGCUUCUGCAGCUUUGAUGGGGCUAAUGAAAACGUAUGGCAUGUGUUGGAAGUAGAAUCCAAUUCUCCUGCAGCACUGGCAGGUCUUCGACCUCACAGUGAUUAUAUCAUUGGAGCAGAUACUGUCAUGAAUGAGUCUGAAGAUCUAUUUAGCCUUAUUGAAACACAUGAAGCAAAGCCAUUGAAACUUUAUGUGUAUAAUACAGACACUGAUAACUGUCGAGAAGUGAUUAUUACACCAAAUUCUGCAUGGGGUGGGGAAGGCAGCCUAGGAUGUGGCAUUGGAUAUGGAUAUUUGCAUCGAAUACCUACUCGCCCAUUUGAAGAAGGAAAGAAAAUUUCUCUUCCAGGACAGAUGACCAAUACGCCUAUUACUCCUCUUAAAGAUGGGUUUACAGAGGUCCAGCUGUCCUCAGUUAAUCCUCCAUCCUUGUCGACCCCAGGAACUACUGAAAUUGAGCAGAGUCUGUCUGGACUGUCUAUUAGCUCUACUCCACCAGCUGUCAGUAAUGUUCUCAGUACAGGUGUACCAACCGUACCAUUAUUGUCACAAGUAAGCCAGUCCCUUGCUUCUGUGUCACCAUUGAACCCAGCUACUACAUUACCAGGUCUGAUACCUUUACCAGCAGGACUUCCUAACCUACCUGCCCUCCCCAAUCUCAACCUUCCCACGCCACACGUCAUGCCAGGUGUCAGCUUACCAGAACUUAUAAACUCGGGUCUACCACCUAUUCCUUCCUUGCCUCCCCGAAACCUACCUGGCAUUGCACCUCUUCCCAUGCCAUCCGAGUUCCUCCCUUCCUUCCCUUUGGGUCCGGAGCUCUCCUCUGCAGCAGGCCCUGGGGAGCUGCUGCCCCCGACCAGCAUCCCACCCUCUGGCCCUGUCACCGCCACGGCAAAGGCAGACGCUGCCCCUACACUCACUGUGGAUGUGACGUCCCCCAUCCCCAAGGCCCCCACCACCGUGGAGGACAGAGUUGGCGAGUCAGCCCCACCCAGCGAGAAGCCUGUGUCUGCAGUGAUGGAUGCAAAUGCCUCAGAGUCCCCUUCACUUUGAACCCGUCUUGGAGGCGGCAUGACGUGUGCCUACGUAACCACGGAGCGAGUCUGGAAAUGCAAACUACCAUUAAUUUCAUACUAGUUUGUACCUAUCUGUAGGCAUCCUGUAAAUAAUUCCGAAGGGAAAACUAAGCUAGAGGAUGUGGGCUUAUCUCCUGCCAAGUCAGGAUGGGGCUGCCAGGGCUGGGAGGGGAAGGUCAGAAAGUACUUGUAUUUUAAAACAACCAAAAAAAAAUUGUGAGGGUGGCUUGCUGCCAGGUUUCCACUGCCAUUCUUGGGGUGUUCAUCUUUGGGAAAGGGGUGACAAGGCACUCUCAAGGCCCCUUACCUCCCUGCUGCUCCUCUGUAAGAAAAAGAAAUAUUUUAUGCCUAGUACUCUCAUGCAAUGUCUCUUGUAUUUUGUAAACCAUUUGUAAGAAUGCCAGACCACCUGAGUGAACUGGGAAAGGAAGAUUGGUUUUACUUUUUGGUCUCUGAAUCCCAUCUCUGUUAAGGUCUACACAAAAAUCCGAGUGAAGAUGUCUGUUAAAGUUCACAAUGUGCACUCUUAAUUGAACAUCUUUUUAUUCAGCCUAUCCACAGACCCUUGUUUGGAGCUCUCGAAAUUACUCAGACAACAUUUUGUAACUGCUGCUGAUGCUUUACACGCCCACCGAAAAAUGACAUUUAAAAAUAUAAAUAAAGGAGAUGUUACGCAGUUUUCAACCAGAAGGUGGCACUCUGUGGCUACUUAUAGCUAUAACCGAAAAGCAUAAAUACAGCAAUAAAUCACAGUCAUUUUA